CAUGCAAUACAACCAUUGACUUAGUAGUUCUGUAGGUGUGGUAUAAAAAAAAAUAUCUUCAUCAUUAACUGAUUAACUACCAGAUUGAAAAACCCGCUGUCGCCAAAUUAAAACUCGGUCACAUUUUAGGUGUAUGUUCAAAUUCAGCUGCAGUUUUCUUAAUUGCCAACUUACCGUAAUACGUAUAAAUUAAAAUUUCUAAAGGUCCAAAUCAUUUAAAAUUUAAAGCAUUUUAAAUGAUUUUAUUUGGUGGUUUCCAAAAAUAGUAUAAGAAAAUAAGAAUAAUUAACCAAAUGACACAGAAACUGAAUAAUAUUUACACUUCCAAACACUUAUAUGCCUUUAGCCUUUAGGAACCCUGUCACUUGUUGCCACUAUGAACAAUUAAUUACAAAGCCCAAUUUUGUAACUAGCUUGGAAAUUAGGUACUUUGACUCAUUGACUUUGACAGAAAUUUUCAAUAUUGUCGUCUUGCCAUAAAUGAUAUAUCAAUAUCAUUUUAAAGGGCUAGCUAUAAGCUUUGCAAAAAAGACCCGGCUAAUUCUUAGAGAUCAUCCUGUGACGUCAUGUGCGUGUUUAUUAUAGUUGCAGUGAAUUAGGGUUUAGGUUAGGUUGAGGGAUCGAUUUAGGGUUGAGGUUGGGCAUAGGGAUCGAUUUAGGGUUCAGUUUAGGCAUAGGGAUCGAUUUAGGGAUACAUUAGUGACAGGAUUAACUGGUUGUGUCAACCAAGAUGGCGGCCAUCGCGGGACGAUCUCUAAUAAUUUACCCAAUGUCAUCUUUCUAGCUUUUAUAGAAACGAAGUUAUGAUUUUUUUGUGUGAGUUUUUAUUUAAGUGACCCACUUUCCAAAUUUUUGCCUUCUUUUUUUGCCUACAACUUUUUUAUUUUAAAAGAUAAUGCUACCAAAUUUUCAGGAUACCUUCUCAAUGUAAUAUACACACACAAUGAACAAUACAACUUUAAAAUAACAUCAGGAAUUUGUAUUUUGAAAAAUUUUAUUUGAGGGUAUGUUAAGAAAAAUGUGAACAGAAAAAUUGGAAAAAUCAUUACUGACAAAGAAAAAAAUUAACUUGUUUUUUUUUUUUUAAAUUGAAAGUGAACUAAUUGUAUGAAAUAAAAUGAUUAAAACAGAGUAGGGUUAAACCUGAAAAAAUACACGCAACAAAACAGCGUACGUGUCGGCAGAAAGCCUUCGUCAGCGAACAAACUAAUUGUAUGCAUGUAUUAAAUUUUAAAUCAAUUCUUAUACUUAUAUAAAAAGGUAAGUAGUUUUUUUCCUAUAAAACUGAAUGCAUGUAUAUAUAAAUGAAAAUUACUCAAAAUCAUUUUUUAUCUACAUUGAUCCUUGUUGAUGGAAGAAAUUUAAUUAACAGCUCGUUUUUUAAAACAUUCUGCCGAUAGCAUGCGGUUCAAAUAUAAAAACCCUGUCGGUAAAUUAAAAUCUUGAACCAAAACGGAAAUGGAAUAAUAUAAAUAUUUGACGCGAUUUACUAUGAUACAAACAUUGGCGCUACCAGCGGCUCAUGGUCAUAACAAAAGAAAUGCCAGUUAAAUAAUACAAUCGUAUUAUUUUCUGCGUCUGAACGAUUAAAUCUAAUGAUGAAAUUGUUUAGUUGCCAUUUAAUUUAAUUUAAGCCUACUUUACUUAAUCUAAAAGUAAAGGUUAUGAUUCGUACUUAGUGUAUUUUCCUUUAUUUUGAUUAUGAUUUAGUACUUUUAUAGCGCUUGUGUCCAUGGUAUUUUAGCAUGCAUGCUCACAGCACUCUGAUGUCCUAAAAUCUAUUUCAAGAAAAAAGUCUUUAAAUGGUUCUAAAAUGACUUUUUAUCAUUUUCAAUGUCCCUCAAAGAUUGAGGCAAACUGUUCCACAAUUUAGGCACAAAAAUAGCUUCAAAAGAACAGACCCAGUAUGACUUCUUUCUGUGUCCAUCCACACUGGGAACUCUCAGUAAGGACUGUGGUAAAGAGUGCAGGUUCUGUAUGGAUACAUUUUUAGAAACCAGUUUUUGAAGAUAUACAGGUUCUAUAAAGGUUAAAAAUAUUAAAAUUAAAACUUGAUUUAUAAGAUAAACUUUAAAGUUAAGAAAGUAAUAAAGUCAAUAAUUAAAAUCAAGUAGUUUAAGUCAUACUGAUCAUAAUAAUACUCAUUAUAUGACAAUUAUUGACUACCUUAAAAUUGACAACUAAUGUAAUUUACUGUCCUAAGAGGUGUCACUGAGUGAGUGAGUCAGCCUAGUCCAGGGAUCCGGCCCGCGAUGUGUUUACUAGGCCUGCUGAUAGUACUUGAACUUGCUUGAUAAGAUGCAUGGAACAUGGAUGUUGUGAUACAGUUUAAAUGUUAUGUUUAAAAUCUUCACACUGCAAUUACCUACUGGCUGAUAUGCGCCUGAAAUUACUAUUUUUAAUUUUAAAUUAUUGCAUCUAAAUUUUCUUGUUAAUUGCAGACUUGUUAACCCUUGAAUUCCUAAAAUCGUACAAACAUUGUCUCAAAAUCGUACAAUACAGUAACUUGAUAGUUAAUAUAUUAACAUGCAGUAUACAGUAUAUAUAAUGAAUACAAUAUUAUUUGCAUUGCAGUGCCUAGUAGGAUCGAGUUAGGCUGGUGUAAAAAAAAGUUAUCUUCUAAAAAUAGAUGACCGACGUUUAUACUGCAAUCUGCUGUCACUUUGUUUUGCAGACGAAACACACAAAGCAACAAUAUUACCAUCACCACUAUCAUUAUGAAAAUUAGAACCGAACACAAAAUCUCCCAAAUCAACUCCAACGCCUUUCACCUCUCAGGGCAAACGUAAGAUUUGGUACAACUUAUGUCUGUGAGCAAACAUUUUCAAAAAUGAAGAAUGUGAAAUCCACACAUUAAACAAGAUGGAGUGAUGAACAUUUGAAAGCAUUUCUCUUGUUUGGAUGCAGCAAUGCCAGACCAAACAUUGAUGAUACCUUGAAAGCCAGACGUCAGUUUCACAACCUCACUAACCUUUUUUGCUGCUUAGUUUGUGAGAUUCGAAUUUGUGCCCACUAGAUCUGAUGUCUUCUUCUUCUAUAUCUUAAGGGCCCACGAUCAAUUUAUUGAUCAUUUUGGCUCCUAUAAUUAUCUUUGUGCAAAUGUUGCCUUUUUUGAUAACUUUUAUAGUUAAUAAAUAUGUUGGUUGUCUCUGUUUUUUGUGCAUUGCAUGCAACUCACCCAUGAUUAAUAGGGAAUACCAAACGUGGUUUUUCGUCUUUUUUUCCCAGAGCUUUCGUUCUGGCUUGUAAGUAUGGUACAGAAUGAUUAUAAUAAAUUAUGACAUGAAAAAAGCAAAUCAAUCAAUAACUGGGUGCUCAAGCUAAAUAAAAAGAGCAGAUAUUUAUUAAGAGUGUUAGGGACUUCAGUAUCAAUUGCGAAUUUGUUUGAACUUUUUUUCGAAGUUUGAGCUUUGAAAAUUGAAGUUAAAAAUAGGUCACCUUUACUAAUCAUUAACUUAAAAAAACACACAAAAAACAUUCUAAAAAAAAGUUCUUAAAUUUAUUAUGUCAUUUAUAAGCAUAUCUAAAAUUUAUAACUUAUGAACUAAAAAUAAGGAUAAAGUUAUGCAGCGUUAACAUUUCAUGAGAAGGGUUUACGCUUUGAUUUUAGCAGUGUGAGAAUCACUGAUAAUGUCAUAGUUUUUUUUUCCCUUUUAUAAAUACAAAUAAUUGUUUACUUUUUAAAUUAAUAAGUUGCAACACCGCACUAAAUUUGAGAUUUGUAUCUUUAACAUUUAAUAAGUUGUGAUUAUUUUUUUUCUCUAUAAAAAUGCAGUUUAUUGAAUUUAAAUUGGAAAAAAUAUUAUUUCAUGUUUAAAAUUAUUAUUUAAAUUAGAAAAUUCUAAAGCUUAUUUUAUACUUUCUUUUAUUCAUUUAUAAUAUCUUCAAAAAAUCCUGUAAAUAUGAAAUUUUUAUAGGAGAAAUAAGCAAGAAAUAUGGGUGAAAGUGAUGAGCUGAAAUAUGGAUGACAAAAUGUGGAGGAAAACUCUAUGGUACCGUUAAAAAAAAGUGACUUGGGAUCCACACUAAAAAUUUCAUAACUAUUGAACCACUUGAGCUAGAAAUUUGAUCUUGGUGUUUUUGUAAAUGAUUCAUUGGCUCAAUUCAACUAUUGCAUUUAUAUUUUUUGAAAUAUUUUGAGAAUUCACCCUAACAAGAUAGGGCUUAUUUAAAGUUAUUUAAGCAUUGACUGAAAAUUCCGAUAGUCAAGUAAAUAUUUAAGUGGUAGUCUAAGUCUCAUUGUCACCAAAUUAGCAUAAUUAUAGAAUCAUAGUGUCUAAUAUUUUGGUAACUGGGUGUAAGUUAUCACAUGUAUUGUAUAAAUUUAAGAUGUACAUAAAGACAAGGCCAGCGGUGUCUUCCACAUUUUAUAGGUCAUAGGGGUUCCCCAGGUCAACUACCGAACAUAGUUCUGUAUUUAAAAUAUUUUGAUUUUUAGCUCUGCAUUUAUUUGAUAAAGUUUUUUUCUUUAUCAUUUUUUUUCUCUUGAAAGUGAGGAUAUCCCCUCCCCAGAAAAUGAUGUUGAAAUGUCCCAUGCAUUGUUUACAUGAUAGAAAUGAUUACCAUACAGGUACUGCUUUUUUCAACUAAUCAAAAUACAGCACUUUUAACAAUGCGGUCAUCUUUUUUAGUGUUCAUCUUGGAGUAUCAGGAAGGAUGAGUUGUUUUUUGUUUUUUUUAAAUUUCUUUUGAACCUUGCAAGUUGAAUCUUAAUAAAAACAAAUGAGAAUUUUCAUUUUAAUAUAUUUAAGAUUAAAUGUACCGAUCGUCAGAUUUAGUGUAUGACACAAAUAAUGCUCAAUGAAGAAUGGGAAAGUUAUCAUACAAAUAGUUCAUGUCCAACUAUUGGUCUAUGCACCCCUAAGUCCAGGGUUGGGAUUCCCCAAAGGGAUAUCACUGCUCUUAAAGUGGGACAACUCUCUUGGCUAAACCCACGCCCCUACCUACACCUUUACAGAGUUAUUUAUACCAAAUUAUUUGUCUUAAAAUUUUAAAAGGUCUCAUUUUUUAUUAUAAAACUUUCUCCAAAGUCCAAACUAAAUCGUUAAAAAAUGGCAGGCACGGUAUUAACUCUAAAUUAUAAAAGCAACCUAUGAUAACUUUGUUCCUUCAGUACUGUACAUUUACAUGGGCUAAUAAAAUGCUUAACAAGUAAGUAGGCUUGUGUUGUACAUAAUAGGCCUAUAUAAAAAAAAAACAUGUUUUAUUCAAAUUUAACUCACUAAUUUGGAUACAAUUUAUAUUAGAAGAUUUAAAAAUUGUAUUCAUCCCUGGCUGGAGGGUGGAGGCUUCAUUCCAAUUAUUUCAAAGUAAGUUUAUAAAAUUUAUAUUAAUAUUAUAAAUGAACAUCGUUAUAUUUAAAUUUAUAUUUUUUUACAGGUUUUAUCUUUGAGCAAGAUAAAUGAAAAAGAUGAACAAUGACAUGAAAUAUUGUCCUACAAAAUUCGGUCAGGUAAACUAUAGGUGAUGAAACCUCUAAAUAUUUAUUUCAUUUAAAGCUAUAAAAAAAACAUAAUUAAAAAAAAAAAAUCAAGUUGACAUUUAUUUGCUAUGGAAAGUAUAAUUAGGGCUGAUCCCCCAUCCCUCUGCCUAUUUCUUCCCCACAUGCAGUAGAGGAUUAUUCAGAGAUGGUAUAAAGUACAAAUUAUUCAGUGUUAUUGUUAAAUUGUUUUUUAGUAAUUUAGUGAUUUAUUUAAUUUAUCAAGUUUUUCAUUACUUUUGUUUUCAUUUGUUGCGAGCCCAAUCUUUAUCAAGCUUUGAAAUUUUAUAACUAGCAUAUUUAUAGGUUUGGGAUGAUAGGCCUAUGCCAAAUCUUCUAGUUUUUUGAAAAGAGUCCAUUGUUUUUAUUUUUUUCACAUUUUAUUUUGCAUUUCUCAUGAUCCAGAUUAAUCAGGCAAAAAAGGGGGGGGGGGGGGAGGGAGAUAGAUGUCCUCAGUCUCCAGACUAGUUUGGCGUGCCAGAAUGGGUUUUAAUUGUAUUUUAAUGAUGAAAAAAGAAAUGAUGUCACUUAGGCGAUUAUGCUAAACAUUAAAGUUGAUGUAUCUAGCGAGUUUAUUGUGAAAACACAAAGCAACAUUAUAACAAUAAUUACGAAACAUGGGGUGUUAUUUAUAGCCUUUAAAAAUAUUUAAACCCCUUUCCCCUCCCAUGCACACCCAUAGGCUUCCAAGUCAACACCAACCCUUUCCCUUCACAGUGCCCAUGUAAUAUAUUUAUGGAUGGUCCCCAGCCAAUCACAUUUCUCUGUCCGUUUACCACCAGGCAUAUAAAGGAGCUAAUAAUAACAACCGAAAAUGUUUUUUAUUUAUCUUAAUUUUUUUAUCGUAAAACUGAAUAUUAAUUUUUAACCCUGUCUCGUAAAAAAAUUAUUCUUGUCCCCGGGCACCAAACACUCUAGCAACCCCUGAAUGAGAGUGAUUUAUGAGCACAAUUGAUUCAUUUUUCUUCUCUAAAAUGUUUCUCUCAGAUUGAAUUUAGUGAAGAGGAGGAAGCUGCUGUACAAAAAGCCUUGCGGCAAAGGCUUGGACCAGAAUUUAUUAGCCAGAGAGUUGGGGCUGCAGGUCUUAAGGUAGUUGUUAAAAUUUCUAUUUAAUGAAUUAUUAAAACAAGUGGAAAAAGACACCUUAAUCUUUUCUUAAAGGGGGAUAUUCCAGUGUGUGAAUUAAGAAGCUGUUCAUUUACUAUACUUAAACUAUUUUAUUUUUUCUAUUAGUUUUCUUAUAUUUAUUAGUCUGCAAACAAAAUACCAUUACCACAUAUCAGUACAAUAAUCUUUAAAAAAAUUGCAUCGUUUUCCAUGGACAUUAAUAUAUUGUUUUUGCCAGGGAUUUUAAUAUGCAAUUUUAUCAGCUUUGUAUUCUCACAAAAAAUGCAUAUUACUUAUUUGAAGACAAAAAAAUGUAAACAUUUCUAUUCUCAUUUAAAAUAUUAGAUAUGAAGAAAAUAAAACAACAGAUCUGACUAAUUUUUUCAAAUCAGUGUUAUAGUACUUUCUUUGAACACAAAUGUUUUUAGCUUGCUUAUAUUGAAGGAUGGAAACUGAUAAACAUAGCAAAUGAAACAUUUGGUUUCAAUGGAUGGUCACACAGUGUCUCUCAGCAAACUGUAGGUAAGUUUUUUGUUUACUUUAGUCCCAAUCAGAUGGGUAUAUUUACAAUUAAAUUAGAGUUCGUUUCUGUAACUUAUUAAGGCUAGAAGUAACAAUUAUUUUAUUUUUUCAAUUUAUUCAGCCAUCUAUGCAAUGCAUUUAAAAUGUAAUUAUAAACAUAUUAAAUAUAAUGUGCUUUUAACAUACAUAAGAUCUUUGAUUUCACCAUGCAGUGGCUUAAGUUUUGUAUACAGUGUUGAGAAUAAGUUCAGCAAGCCUCAUAUAAAUUCUAAGAUCAAUUUAUACAUAAUGGGUGAAUUUAAUGUCUGUGUAAAGCAUGGUUUUGGUAUUUUAUCAUCCUGGAUAUAAUUUUCAAAGAUUUUAUUAAAUUUAUUUGAACAGUCUCAUUCAAGACUGCUCUUUUAAUUUUCUAUUGUGAAAAAACACUAAAUUUUCAAUGCUUAAUACUAAACAUUAAGUUUAUCUGUCUGUCAGUAAUAAUGCAUUUUAAAAUCUUGCAAAAUAUAAUGAGUUUACAGUGCAGUGAGAUUAAUUUUUUUUUUUAAAUUUUCUUUAAAUUGUAUUUUCUAAAUAAUCUUGUGAAAGCACACACCCCUCCCCAUCUCUCUUUAUAAAUCCUUUUUGAAAUUCUUUGUAAACAAUCAUUUUAGAUUUAAAUGUUAAGAAAUCUAUUAUAAAAUAUACUUUGUUUAACUAUUUGGUGAAAAUCUUUCUGAUUUAAUAAAAGACAAACUGAUAUUUCUAUGAGCAAAUCAUUUAAAACAAUUAAAUAUAAAAAUAAUAUUUUUUUAAAAUUUUAAUACAAUUUUUUUCAGACUUUGUUGAUCACAUAAAUGGAAAAUAUUAUGUUGGUGUGAGUGCACUUGUCAAAGUUCAAUUAAAGGUAAUGUAACCCUAAGAAAAAGAAAUGAAAAUUAAAAGCUCGAGGAAUUAAAUUUAAUAAAAUUAAGUUCUAAGACCGACAUGAGCACAUGAGCGUGUCUAAAAUAAUAUGCAUAAAAUAUGUUGGAAUAAAAAAAUAUAUAAAAAGUUUUUGAUGAAUUAUAUUUCUAAUUUUAAAAAAUAAAAUGUCUUUGUUGUGAUGUAAUAACUUUGUUUUUUAAGGAUGGAGUCUUUCAUGAAGACAUUGGUUAUGGAGUUAGUGAAGGAAUGAAAUCCAAGGCUUUGUCACUUGAAAAGGCAAAAAAAGAAGCUGUUACAGAUGGCCUAAAGAGGGCCUUAAAGUAAGAAUUCAGAUUUCAAUUAACAUUUUUUUAAAAUAUUUAAGUAAUUUUAUGUGUGUUUCUUGUGAUGUAUUUAAAUUAUGUUUGAGAUUUCUUAAUAUAUUGCAAAACAAGAAAGCAGUCAAUGUUUCAUUGGGAUAUUUUUACCUUAUAAUUAAAUUUAAAUAUGUGUACCAGCAAUCUAAAGAAACAAAGGCAGUGUUGUUUUAAUCUGGGGAUGAAACACAUUUACAGCUGCUGUAAUCAUGAGGGUUUUAAAAAUUGUUUUUAAAAAAAAUAAAACAUUGUUAAAAAUUAAAGCCAAACCAUAGCUAGAAAAAGAAUCAUUAAAAAGUCUUAUAUAUAUCAAUACCUUAUCUAAGUACCAGAUUUAUUUUUAUGUGUGGAAAAUUUUGAUUUUUACUUGUGCUCAUCUUUAAAAUUACUCUGCUUAUUAGAUUACACCGAGAAAACGAAUUAUUCUUUUAAUUUUGUUGAUUUCUUGAGGGGUAGCUCCAAACAUUAAAUAUUUCACUUUCCAUUCCUUAAUAAGAUAUACGCACCACAAUAUCUUGUGUUACAUGUUACACAUGCAUUGGGCAAUAAUUGAUUUUAAUGUAAUUUUUAAAAAGUUUUUGAAGCAUUUCCAUAUUUAGCCCUUUUUAAAAGAAUUUUAAAUUAAACUCUAGUUAAAAAAAAUGUUCCUGAGUACAAAUGAGCACUGGAACAAAUUCAAAAUAAUAACAACAAUAAAUUUAAAUCCAUUUUCUGUAGGUUAUUAUUUCUUUAAAAACCUGGAAAAUAUUUCUUUUUCAGAAGUUUUGGUAAUUGUUUGGGUAACUGCUUGGGGGACAAAGAUUACCUUAAAUGUAUAAACAGAGCCCCUAAACCUGUAAGUUUGUUCAAACUACUUUUUCUGACUCAGCUUAGCAAAAUAUAAGAUUGUGUGUCAAAUCUGAAUGGACUGAAUGAUUAAUAUUCCAAACAUUUAUUAAGCUGCCUUUAUGUGUCAUAUCUUGUGUUUAAGGAAGGUCUCAAACCCUGCAGGAGGCAACAGGAAAGUCUGUGGUCUUACAGCAACACUGUCAUUAGAACUGGAGACAUUGAUUAAAAUGGUUUAAAGCAAAAGAAAAAUAAAAUUGAGAAAAAAUGAUGUCAGCAUAAAUUAUUUUUUAUAAAUGGAUGGAUUAAACUAUGAUUUUAAACUUACUAAUUCCUUUAAUUAUGUUGAUACAUUAUUAUAUUGUUUAAAUAAUAUUGUCAGUAAGGCAGUAAAGUUGUAUGGUAAAUGAUGGGUGAUUUUUGCACUUGAGAAAUAGUUUAGAUGUCUUGUGAUAAAAUUUUCUUGUCUGAAAGUGUUGUGUUGGUAAGAAUAUUUAUCUUUGUGCUGAAAAUGAGUAUGUACAAUGUAUUCAAACCAUUUCCAUUUAUUUGGAUCAAUAUAAGAGUCUUUUUGUAUCUUUUCUCAUCCAUUACAAAAGCAGCUAUUCUAAUUCAAUGCUUGAAAUCCUCAGCCACCAGAACCCUACAAUGUUAAUGAAAUGAAACAUGAGAUUGAGGAUCAAAUGAUUUUAAAUUCAAGACGAAAAAAAAAUGCAAACUCUUGCGGCAGAUUCCAAAGUUGUAAUUUUAAGGAAACUCGCUGCAAUGAGAUUAAAGGUAUAGUUGUGAAGAUAGUAAAUGUUGGUAAAAAACAAAUUAAAUUAACUCUUCACAAACAAAGAAAAAUAUUUUUUGUUUACAGCUUUAUGGACUUUAAUUUUUUAAUUUUGUGUCCUUAGUUGAGAAUCAGAUCAUAGAUAUAGAAAUGCCUGAAAUGUCAAGCAGCACAGAAACAAUUCCUAUUGUCAGUGGGUCUGAAAUGAAGUUAUCACUCACUAAUUUAUCUGCUUCAAAGAAAAAUCAGAAUUGUACAGAAGAUUCAAGGCCAUCAACUUCUACAAACUGUCUGACAACUGCUGAAUCUCCAAUCAAAUCCUGCCACAGGUGAUUAUUAUUUCAAAAUUUCUAGUUAUAUUUGUAAAAUUAAUUAAAUUUAAUUCAUUUUGGAUUUUAGCCUUUUCCUGCUCAAGAUGUUUCUUGAGCAGAGGGAGUAAUUUGGCUCUCUGUCUUGGGCUUCAGUUGAAUAUUUGCUCGUUUCAAGUAAAGCAAUACGGAAUUGAUCUGAAGCAAUUAAAAACAUAGAUUGGCAUCAUUCAUUUUAUCUUGUAAUAAAUCAUGUAAUCAAAUUUUAAAAAUCAAUGUGUUUUUAUGUUAAAACUUAGCUUCUUUUGCAUUCUAUAUGUAUUGUGGCACACCCUGCCUCGUAUGUGACAUGACCUUUUGAAAUAGGAAUGGCACAGGAUAUUUUUUAAACAAACUGACUCAUGAAAUGAAAUUUUUAAAAUCUAAGAUCAUGCUUGAGAUUGUGCUGUUAUAAUGCAAAAAGUCAUGAAUUCAUGAACCAGCAGUACGAUGCUGAGCCUUGUUUGUAGAGCACAGAAAAAUCAGAAUGGACCAAGUGCAAAUUGACAUACUGCCAAUACAUAAAAUAAAAAUUAUUUUAAAAGUUAUAAAUAUUUUAACGUAAGGAUUUUUGUCGAUAGCCCCAAGUCAACUAUCUAACUUGGUGUUGGCCAAGUGCAUGCUGUGAUAUGUAUUAAAUAAAUCUAAAUGAAAACACAUUGAUUGCAAAUUAUUUGUGUGUGUAACAUAUCAUUUAGUGUUCUAAUAGAGAAUCUUUAUUAAAGCACUCCAGAAGAUGUUGAUAAAGCAAGAAGAGAAAGACUGAUGAAAGUGGAGCAAAAAAAGAGAGCUUUCCAAGCAGCCAUUGGUAAAACCUGAGAAACAAUGUGAUAAGCUGUUUUUUCUAAAUCUUAAUAGCAGGGGUGAUAUGCAGAUAGACAUUUUAUUUUUUCUUUACUCUUUCAAAAAUUAAAAAAAAUAUGUUCUGAAUUUCAAUAUUCUGCCCAGAUAGAAGUUGUGUUUUGUUUAAUUUCAUACAAAAUUUUUGUUAUCAAUAUUCAAUAUUAAUAUAUCUUUUAGUAAAUUUGAAAUCCCAUCUAAUUAUAUUUCCAAUAUCUUUUUAUAGUUGUGCUUUCGAAUAUUUAAAUAAAAAUUAUUUAAAUUUGUAGCAUUCAAAUUUUUUUUAACGUAGCUGAAUUAUCCUGAAUUCUUGGAUCCUUUUGCUAAGCAGACUUUUUAUAACAGGCAAGUGAUUAUGAUGUUGUAUUAUAGUUGUGUGUUCCAUUAUUUCCAUGAUAUUCACAGAGAAACAGGAACCUAAGGUGAUGACAGACAAACAGGAACCAACCUCUGGUCCACAAAAGACUGAAGCGUUGAUUGGGGAAGAUAAUUACGGUAAGCUGUCUCAUGAAUUUUCUUCAUUGUGACGUUUUAACAUUAAUAAUCUAUGAAUCGGCCCUAUCAAAAGGACAAUAAUAUAUUAUUUUUCACACAAAAAAUGCAAGACAAUGAAAAACUUUUAGAUAUUUUUAAGAGCUUGUGAUGAGUACAGAAACGGCUAAUCUGUAAUCCUGACUUGCCUGUGCGAGAUUAUUAAAGGAUGUCAUGGGAGUUGGUUAUUCUAUGUCAGUGGUUCUCAACCUUUAUAAUGCCGCGACCCUAUAAUAUAUUUCCUCAUGUUAUGGCGACCCCCAACCACAAAAUUAUUUUCGUUGCUACGUCAUAACUGUAGGGUAUAUGUGUUUUCCGAUAGUCCAAGGCGACCCCUAUGAAAGGGUCGCGAUCCACAGGUUGAGAACCGCUGUUCUAUGUUAUUCAAUGAUUAUUUCAAGGUGAAACAAAUUAUAUUUUGUAAUCCAAGCAGUUAGACGUCAAUAUUUUUAUUUUAAAAAAAAAAGAAAAAUUGUGAUUUUUCUGUCCAGACGAAAUAGAAAUUUGGACUCAAACGUUUGACCUGGCAGCUCAGUCAGCCAUAGAUCAGACAGUCUCCUCCCACCAAGGUGAAACGAGUGGCAUCAGUCCACAUUGUAGCUCAUCAAACUUGGGUAAGCCUUACCCUGACACCAUUUCAUUUUAAUAACAAGAUGAAGUUACUGAAAAUGUAAUAUGAUAACUGAAUCCCACUGCAGAUUUAUUGGUUCACAGUUUACAGCCUAUUGAAAUGUUUUUAAUGCAGCAUUGCAUCCAGCACAGUGUGUUCCUAAUAGUAACAAAUUAACUUGUUUUUCUGAUAUACUUGUUACAGAUGUUAAAAAGAGACGUUUAGAUGGAGUCCCCAAGACAUGAUGAGGUUUGGACGAGACAUCAUCUGGACUUAAACAUAAUAAGCUUACUUCUUAUUUUGUAAUAGAUUACUUGUGCCAGGUACUUCCAUCUGUUGGAUUUCUGAAUCCCAUCUUUUAAGAUUACAGCACUUCAGCGUUAAAGAUUUUUAAUGGAGUGUUUAUGGACAAAUUAUAACAAACAAUGUCUAAAUGCAAUUAUAUUUUUUUUUUACAAAAAAAAGCUAACAACUCUCUGUGUUCUAUGUUACCUGAAAAACUAAAGAUUUCUGCAUAUUGCACUCAGAGUUCUAUAAAUAGUAUGUGUAUCCUAUGUAAUAAAUAUAUAAGAUGACUGACUCACUUAAUCCCUCCCGACUCACUUGGUUCAUGCUUGUUGUCAUCUUAAAGUUUCUAUUCUUUUCCAAUAAUCAUCUCUGACUUAUGCUGUGUAUUUCCUUUUAAUGAUUAAAAACAUAUCCUUAUCAAGUAACUCAUCAAUAAAGUUUUAUUGUAAAUGUGUAAAAAUAAUAUUUGGACUUGCUCCUUUUAGUUCUAUUUUUCCAGACC